AUGUAUGGACUCACCGGUUACCAUGACAACGAGGCUGGACAGAGGCGAUCUCUUCUCUGGUCUUCAGCCUGUUUGGCUGCUCACGGCCGCUAUGCCCAGAAGCUGCUCACCGACUUGUUCUCCAACUACACCAACGCCCUGCGGCCGGUGGAGGACACCGACUACAUCAUCAAUGUCACGCUGCAGAUCACGCUGUCCCAGAUCAUCGACAUGGAUGAGCGGAACCAGAUCCUGACGACCUACCUGUGGAUCCGCCAGGUGUGGAUGGAUGCCUACCUCACCUGGAAGAAGGAGGACUACGACGGCCUCGACACCAUCCGAAUACCCAGCAGCUACGUCUGGAGGCCGGACAUCGUUCUGUACAACAGUGCCGACGACGAGUUCUCCAGCUCCAUGGAAACCAAUGUUGUCAUCCGUAACGACGGCCAGGUGAUGUGGGACCAACCGGCCAUCACCAAAAGCUCCUGCUCCGUGGACGUGGCCUUCUUCCCCUUCGACGUGCAGCAGUGUCACCUGACCUUCGGCUCCUGGACCCACAACGGCAACCAGAUGGACCUGAUCAACGCCUUGGACAGCGCCGAUCUGGCCGACUUUGUGCCCAACGUGGAGUGGGAGGUUCUGGGAAUGCCAGCCAAGAAGAACGUCAUCCUGUACGGCUGCUGCUCGGAUCCGUAUCCAGACAUCACCUUCACCCUCCACCUGAAGAGACGCGCCUCCUUCUACAUCUUCAACCUGCUCAUCCCCUGCAUGAUGAUCUCCUUCCUGGCUCCGCUGGGCUUCUACCUGCCGGCCGAUUCGGGGGAGAAGGUUUCUCUGGGCGUCACGGUGCUGCUGGCCCUCACGGUGUUCCAGCUGCUGGUGGCCGAGAGCAUGCCGCCCUCCGAGAGCGUCCCGCUGAUCGGAAAGUACUACAUUGCCACCAUGACAAUGGUCACUGCGUCGACGGCGCUCACCAUCUUCAUCAUGAACAUCCACCACUGCGGUCCGGAGGCCCGUCCCGUCCCCGAAUGGGCCGAGCGCUUCAUCUUGAACCACCUCGCUCGCAUCUGCUUCGUCAGCGAGGUCCGCGACAACUGCCUCAGCGGGAGUUCGUCCAGGAAGCAGCCGCUGUCCCAGGAGGAGUCGGACGCACCGUCGGCCAACGGCGGCAGCAGCAGAGGAACCAACUGGGACGUGAACGGACAGGUGUGGGGCGGGAGGGCAGAGGAGGAGGGGGCGGGGCCGGAUCUGGCCAAUCAGACGGACUGGAAGGAGGAUCUGUUCGUGACCAUCAACCACUCGGAGGAGAGGGGAGCCGUCGGAGGGGAAGAGCGAGCGGACGAGUCGAACGGCGGUGAGUACGAGGAGGAGAAGAAAGGCGUCGGAGGCGAAGGAGGAGGCGGAGCCGAGGACCGGAGGGAGAUCCUGGUGAAGUGCAUCUGCCAGCAUCACGGACUGAGGAAGAACGUUGAGUACAUCGCCAACUCGUACCAGGACCAGCGGACGGCCCAGCUGCGCGUCGGGGAGUGGAGGAAGGUGGCCAAGGUCAUGGAUCGCUUCUUCAUGUGGCUCUUCUUCAUCAUGGUCUUCUUCAUGAGCAUCCUCAUCCUGGGAAAAGCCAUCUGA